AUGGCAUUUAAGGUUAUCCAACUGAACGUAAAUCGGAGUUGGCCUGCCUUCGAUCUUAUGGUCCAGCAUAUGGAUGAGGGCGCCUCUGUGAUCGGGAUUGUGUCGGAACCUCCUAGACGACGCCAGGAUGUGUGCGAUUGGUUCGCCAGCGGUAGCGGUCUGGCAGCCAUUAUUGUUCGGAACCCGGUUGUACCCCUGAGUUGCACUUUGAUUAGGCGAGGACGUGACAUCGUCGCGGUCAGAUUCGGUGAUCUUGUGGUCUCAUGUUACGUCUCACCUAACUCCACUAGAAAUCGAUACCUUGAGUUCUUAGAUGAACUCGGGGAUGUGGUGGGCGAAGUUGGUGGCAGGAGCACCUUAAUCGGUGGUGAUUUUAAUGCACGUUCAGCAUCUUGGGACCCGGUAGCUACUAAUUGGAGGGGCACUCUUGUCGAGGAGUGGGCGGCCGAAAAAGACCUUCGCCUUAUUAACGUGGAUGUAACGCCUACCUGCAUUAACCCGCGUGUAUCGUCUGUUGUUGAUCUUACGUGGACGACCGCCGAUCUCUUGAAGCGUUUGGUGGACUGGUCGAUCAACGCUGAUAUGAAGUCACUAUCCGAUCAUUCCAUAAUUACAUAUGACGUGGUUGGUCUAUGUUCUGGACCCUUCGAAACAUGCUCCGUUGAUCCGCAUCCGCGUUGGAAUUACCACCGCAUGGAUGUGAGGGCGCUUUCCAACGUCUUGGAGUGGGACGGUGUUGCGGGUCCUGCCGAAGACGAUUCUAUGUCUGCGGAGUCUUUCGCUUGCUGGCGCUCGGAUCUGCGCGGUGAGUACCGCACUGCGAGGGACAAUUUGCGGAGCGCUAUCCGCAAAGCUAAGACAGCAGCUUGGUUGGAAUUGAUCAGGGCUGUGGAGGCGGACCCUUGGGGCAGACCGCUCUUCUUGACUCUCUUUUCCCCGCUGGCGACGGGACUACGGCCGGUUCCAGUGUCGAGAUUUCAUGGAGAAUAG